GACAUACAACAACUUCUACUGCCAAACCAAAAAAAUAUUUUUAUUUUUUACUUUGAAUACACAUAAAAAGAAAAAAACAGGAGAAAAAUGAUGAUGAAGAGGCAAUUGAUAUUUGGAGUUAUUUUGCUCGGACUCUUGGUCAUUUUCUUGGCCACCAUACCAGUCGAAGCGGCUAGGCCAUUACGAACCGAUGGUAAGAUCCAGUUCGUGCUCCAGUUGCUGCAAAGAGGUACGGUGCCACCGUCAGGUCCAAACGGUUGUACCAACGAUCCAAAUGGCUCAGGAACGUGCCACGGCUGAGCCGCCCCCUUAGACUUAUUAUACAUACUGUUUAUUUUAUUUAUUUAUUUUCUUAAGGUUAUUUAAUGCAAUAAACACAACUGUAGAUUUGUGUAUUGGCUCGAUCUUUGGUGGAGCUAUAGCAAGUGUAUGUAUCAUAACUCUGUAAGAGCUGCCAAAGGUAGCUAGUUGAUGAGCUUAGCUAUAUUCUUUUAUUUGUUUAUGAACUUUGACCAUGUAACUUGAAAGUUCAAGGAAAACAUGUAACUAUUUUUAGCAUUAUUUUUUUUAUUUUAAGCAUUUAUGUUUGAUCUUUCGAUAUAAUUAAACCAAGAUUAUAUUGGCGGUA